AUGCCUCCCAGGCUCCAGAUCCUCCCUCUGCACCUCCGCAGUGUCCUACCUCGCCCUUCAACAGUCCAGCAGCCGUCGCAAUUACUGCUCUCUAUCCAAUCUCAAACCCGCAAUGCACACAUCUUAGCCUCGCUCUCCGAUAACCCGGGGGCCUACCACAAGCGCAUCCGACGAGGUCGCGGUCCUGCCUCGGGCAAGGGUAAGACCUCCGGAAGAGGUCACAAGGGUCAAGGCCAGCACGGAAAGGUUCCGGCGGGAUUCAAUGGUGGUCAGACACCUGAGAUCGUGGUGCACGGUGAGAGGGGGUUCAAGAACAUCUUCACCCUGGACCUUGCCCCCGCCAACCUCGACCGAAUCCAAGAAUGGAUCGACCAGGGCCGCAUCGACCCCACGAAACCCAUCACCGUCCGCGAACUCGCCAAAUCGCGCUGCAUCCAUAACCCCAAAGACGGCGUGAAGCUCCUCGCCCGCGGCGUCAACGCCCCCACCCCCUCCGACAUCACAACCCCCUCCUCCACAACCACCGAAGCCCAAACACAAUCCGACGCGGAGGAAGCCGCCUCCGCCGCAGCCGCCGCAGCCGUCCUCAAACAGCCCAUCCACCUCGUUGUCUCGCGCGCCUCAGCGGCUGCCAUCGCCGCCGUCGAGGCCACCGGCGGCACCGUCACAACCCGCUUCUACACCAAGGCGUCCAUCGCCCGCAUCAUGAAGCGCGAGACCCACCCCUUCGUCUCGGCGAACUGGUCUCCUGAGAGCGGGAACCCGGCUCUGCAUGCCGCUGCGGACCUGGAGUUCUCGACGCGCACGGCGUCCGGAAACCCGUUUACCGAGGAGGCGAAGAUUAUGGCGGCUAAGGGGUACAAGUACCGGCUGCCGGAUCCGACGAACCGUAAGGAUAUCGAGUACUACCGUGACCCGGCGCAUCGGGGAUACUUGAGUCAUCUGCUCAAGCCCCUGGAAGGACCCAGUUUGUUCUUCCGCUCGCCGGUGGAGAGGAAGGCGGCGUCUGGGCCGAAGAAGGAGAAGGUUCUCCCCGAGAACAGGCUUUGGUAG